GCGUAAAUAAAUUUAAAUCCAGUGUUAUAUUAUUAUUAUCAUUUUUUAAAUAAGGAUUCUCACUUAGAUCUUAUGUGGUCAGCUGAUCAGUGGUCCUCUCUGCUGUCUCUCUUAACCCCGCCCUCUCGUGGCGCGCAGGGACAGCGAAUCAAGCAGAUUGGGGGGGAGUAACAGCAGCAGGAGGAGGAGGAGAUCCUCAACUUGGCUCUCCGGAGCGGAGUCGGCGCUCCUCCUGGCGCGGUGCAGUCUCAGCUCUCCAGCCGGACCGGCAUGCGCUACCCGCGGAGGAGGAAGUGAGCCGCUCCGACCGUGAAAGAUGCAGGCGGAGGACAUGGAGGUACCUAUCAUUAAUAACCUUAACGAUAGCGGCGACAGGCAGAGGCCGAGAGGGAAAGAUGUGUUCAAGGAUCAGCAGAAGGAGUCGGAGAGCUCCAUGGAGUCUCCAAACCUGGAGUUUGAGUAUGGAGAUACGGACACGCUCACGGCCGAGCUUUCAGAGCUCUACAGUUACACAGAGGAGCCGGAGUUCGCCCUGAACAGGGACUACUUUGAAGAGGACUUCAGGAGCCACGGUGGGUCGCGAGGCAGGCGGUGGAUCGAGCAGACGGUGGAGGAGCAGAAGGCGUACGUGAUGAGGCUGCUGGACGCUCUGGAGGUCACGGACAGGGACAAGAGGCUGAAGGUGGCCCGGGCCAUCCUCUACCUGGCUCAGGGAGUGUUUGACGAGUGUGACACCGAGGUGGACGUGCUCCACUGGUCCAGGCGCAACGUCUUCCUGCUCUACGACAUGGGCAUCUUCACGGCGCUGCUGGAGCUGCUCAGCAUGGAGAUAGAUAACAGCCAGGCGUGCAGCAGUGCAGUGAGGAAGCCCGCCAUCUCUCUCGCCGACAGCACGGAGCUCAGAGUGUUACUGAGCAUCAUGUACCUGAUGGUGGAGACCAUCAGGGUUCAGACGGAAGACGACCGACCUGAGUGGAAAGCAGCCAGAGAGGCCUUUAAGAAUGAGCUAGGUUCACCCCUGUACAAUGGGGAGCCCUUUGCCCUGCUCCUUUUCACCAUGGUGACCAAGUUCUGCAGCAUGAACGCACCACACUUCCCCAUGAAGAAAGUACUACUGCUGCUCUGGAAAACCAUUCUGUUUACUUUGGGGGGUUUCGAGGAGCUCCAGGAGAUGAAGGUGCGAGGCCGGGAGCGUCUCAACUUGCCCCCGCUGCCGGAGGACAGCAUCAAGGUGGUCAGGGCCAUGAGAGCGGCCUCGCCCCCGGCCUCUGCCAUGGAGCUCAUCGAGCAGCAGCAGCAGCAGAAGAGAGGCCGACGCAGCCGCAGGAGUGCCUUUGUUGAUAGCUUGGAAGGAGACAGUCCCUUUCCCAAGAAGCAGCCCCUGGUCAAGCAGGACAGCCUGGACACGUACAACGAGCGGGACCCGUUCAAGAACGACGACGCCCGGGACGAGGAGGAGGACCCAGAGGACACGGACAGCGGCAUCGAGGGCGAGGUGGACCCCCUGGACCGCGACGUCAUCAUCCAGCCGCCGCCUCCGCCGCCUCCUCUGCGGCCCCCGACCGAGAGGGUCAACUUCCCCAAAGGUCUUCCCUGGGCCCCUAAAGUCAGGGAGAAAGACAUCGAGCACUUCCUGGAGACCAGCAGAAACAAGUUCAUUGGUUUUACUCUGGGAAAUGACACAGAAACCCUGGUGGGAUUACCCAGACCCAUCCACGAGAGCGUCAAGACUCUUAAACAGCACAAGUACGUGUCCAUUGCUGAGGUCCAGAUCAAAAGGGAAGAGGAGCUGCAGCAGUGUCCCCUGACUCUGGGCGAUGAGGAGGUGGAGGAGACACCAGCAGAGAUGUUAUACCUGGGAAUGCUUCCCAACCUCUCACAGUAUGUGAUCGCCCUCCUGAAGCUGCUGCUGGCUGCUGCUCCCACAUCCAAAGCCAAAACCGACUCCAUCAACAUCCUGGCGGAUGUGCUACCUGAGGAGAUGCCGAUCACAGUCAUGCAGAGCAUGAAGCUGGGAAUUGACGUGAACCGCCACAAGGAAAUCAUCGUCAAGGCCAUCUCCGCUCUGCUGCUGCUGCUCCUCAAGCACUUCAAGCUCAACCACAUCUAUCAGUUUGAGAUCGUCUCCCAGCACCUGGUGUUUGCCAACUGUAUCCCACUCAUCCUCAAGUUCUUCAACCAGAACAUCAUGUCCUAUAUCAGUGCCAAAAACAGCAUAUGUGUGCUGGACUUCCCCCACUGCGUGGUCCACGAGAUGCCCGAACUCACGGCCGAGAGCCUGGAAGCGGGAGACAGCAACCAAUUCUGCUGGAGGAACCUGUUUUCGUGUAUCAAUCUGUUGAGGAUCCUGAAUAAGCUAACAAAGUGGAAACACUCCAGGACCAUGAUGCUUGUCGUCUUCAAGUCCGCCCCCAUCCUGAAGAGAGCUCUGAAGGUGAAGCAGGCCAUGAUGCAGCUCUACGUCCUCAAACUGCUGAAGAUCCAGACCAAGUAUCUGGGCCGCCAGUGGAGGAAGAGCAACAUGAAGACCAUGUCAGCCAUCUACCAGAAAGUCCGCCACAGGCUCAACGAUGACUGGGCCUACGGAAACGACAUCGACGCGCGGCCCUGGGACUUCCAGGCGGAGGAGUGCGCCCUGCGGGAGAGCAUCGAGAAGUUCAACAGCCGGCGCUACGACAGGAACAAGAACGGGGACUUCGCGCCCGUGGACAACUGCCUGCAGAGCGUGCUGGGGCAGCGCGUGGAGCUGCCGGAGGACUUCCACUACAGCUACGAGAUGUGGCUGGAGAGGGAGGUCUUCUCGCAGCCCAUCCAGUGGGAGGGGCUGCUGCAGAAUCCAUGAGGGGUAGGAGAGAAAGGGGGGGGCGGUGUGGUUCUAGGGCGUGUUCUUACCGAGAAAACUAAGGAAGUAUUGGAGAGGAGAAGUGAUGGAAGAAAGGGGGUAAGGUAAGAAGAGAAGAAGUCGGAUGGCGUGACGUGACCUCCCAGAUCAUGGAAGAGGAAGUGAUGAAGAGAGGCCGGAAGAACGAUGAUAAAAUGAAGUUGACAAGCUCGUUGUGAGCUUGGCUUCGAUGCCACACACACUCACUCGACGCUAACAUGUGCCUACGACUACUGUGAACACGCAUGACAAGGCAAGAGCAGAGGUAGCAGUUCAUGAGCAACAUCUGACGUCACUGUAGCAGGAGACCGUUUCUGCCUCCGCGUCACACGACAAAAACGUCCGUUUAUAACGUACGUCCCCCUUUUUUAACAUGUCGGUGCUUUUCUGACUCCCUGGUGGCGUUUUACUAUUCAUUUGUAUCAGUGUGUGUGGUAAACGUUUUACGAUUUUUAAAAAAUAUAUAUAUAUGUACAUUUGAAUGAUUUUUAAUCGGUUCCUUUUUUUUUAAUUUCAACACAAAGAUUAGAGUAGGGGUUGUUGAUUGCUGGUGAUGGAUUUAAAACGUUUCUUUUUUACGUAUUUUCUAGAAAGAAAUUAUUUAAAAAAUGUCAAACCACAGGGUCACGAUCGUCCAAAUGUUGAAGUGGGAGCGAUUUGCUCUCGUGGCACCAAAAAAAAAAUAUAUAUAUAUAUAUAUAUAUACCAGCUGUAAGUGUAAUGGUGUGUUUGUGGGUGUUAAAAGUGCGUAUGGGCAGAAAGAAAAAAAAAUCUAAAGUUGGGAAGGAUGUUAUAUGUUGACUAAAAGACUUGAAGAAACUGUAUUUGUUUUCUUUUAAAGCUGCAGUGCGGAACUUUUGUCUCCCCCUUCUGGCAGUGGGCAUCACGCGCACCUGAUGAUGGAUGCAGUAAAGUUUAGUACCUCUGGGUUGAGUAAAUGUAACAGCUGCUUAGUCUCUUCCAAAUAUUUUAUAAAUACCAUCCUGCUCAAGAGCCAACUUUCUUUUUCAUUUGGAGCAACAGAAACAUUUCUUGGACGCUUCCCGGGUUCUGUAUCCUCUCGUUCCUCCACCGUAACUCUUUACAGUCGCUGCUCUCGUCAGCUCUUGCGACGCACUAGUUGAUUGUAAAAUGCACCACUUCCGGAGCACCAGCGCAGGAAUGUCACCACAGACACAAGAAUUAAAACUCCACGUAUACUGCGAAGUAGAGACAGUAGUUUAAUCCUUCCUGUGUCAUUUUUAUAUGAUGUAAAAGUCCUGCACUCCAGUUGUAAGGGUUAGGGUUACGGGUUAGGCUUAUGGGUUAUCCCUAGGGUUACAGGUUAGGCUUAGGGCUUAGGGUUACGGGUUAUCUUUAGGGUUACAGGUUAGGGUUACGGGUUAUAGAUUAGCCUUAGGUUUAAGGUUACAGGUUAGGAUUAUGGGUUAUCCUUAGGGUUAUAGGUUAGGGUCAUGGGUUAGGUUCAGGGUUAUAGAUCAGGUUUAGGCAGGUUAGGCUUAGGGUAACAGGUUAGGUUUAGGUUUAGGAUUACGGUUAUCCUUAGGAUUACAGGUUAGGGUUAUGGGUAGGCUUAGUUUUACAGAAUUCUUGCAGAAGUCGAACCUGUUACCACGAUGUCCUCCAGGAUCUGUUCAUGUACAUAUCACGAACUGAAGCUGCAUUGAAGUUCUAGAUGGUUCUUCAGAAAAGUUCGGGGAUGCUGCUGCUAACCAGACAAAUGUUUAAAAAAAACUAAUAUGUUUUUCUGCAAUAUUUCAUGUCAUUAGGCCUCAGGAGCUAAUAUGGAGCACGUAACUGCACCUCAAAAACAAAAUUCUCGUGUGGUGAGCACGUUUCAGUCUUAGGAUGAAACCUAACUUGCUGGUUUGUUGUGUUCAUCUGCUUUACUGCCGCGCAGAGUCGCUUCCCCGAACUUUUCCAUGGAUCAAUCGGAGAUUAAUCGAAGCUCACUGUUGAUCAGAUGAACAGGAAUUCUGUGCGACUCCCUGCCUCCAGCCCCCGACACCCUCUCUCCAAAUAACCAACAACAGCACAAUACUCAAACCGCUGACCACAUCAGACUUUUCCCACCCUCUCUCAAGAGAGAGAACACAAGCAGUCGUCACAGAACUUGGUGCUGUUUUUCUAGUUGGUUUUCACUGUAACUUCCUUCGACUACCUAGUGAGCGAGGCUCCAGAUCUGAGAGCUCCGAGGUCUUUCCUGGACAUGUCUCUACUUAAGCACAAAAAGAAGCACAGAGGACACACAGCACGGUCUUUUGUUUUGUACAGUUCUUGCUCGAUUCAGAUUGUUACCCGCUCACUUUGAGCGGUCAAGAACCAACGUGUAUUAUCUUUGUAUAGAGUAGUCAUUUCAACACCUCGGUUUCGUGCUUCUCUGUAGAAAACGUGCAUGACCACUGUUCUGUUCUGUACCCUUAAAUAUGACGUUUUAAAUGAUAUUUCCAGCACAGUUAGAAUUGUAUUUUUCCUCAUAAAGUCACGGUGUACUGCAUCACAGGGGAUUUUAUUUAUUUUUCUCAACACCUUUAAAAUAUAAUAAUAUAUAUUUCAUAGAUUCUCAGGUUUACGGAGAUAAUAUAUUGCAAAAGUUUUAAAAAAAAAAAGCUUCCUUGCCAUCGUCAGGCUCACUACCUGUAGUUGAAUAUUAACAUUUAUCCUCAUAUUGUGGUACUACAGUCACAUGUCAGUCAUAUUUCUGGUUCAGAUGAGUGUUUUUUUUUCUUCUUUUUUGUAUCUUGUGCCAAAUUUGAGUGCCAUUUUUUUAUUUUUUUAUUUUUUUUUUAUUUCUUUUGCCGCCUUAAUCAUUUUGAAAGUUCUGCUUUCGAGUCACUACUACUGAAGGUUUGCAAUACGAAAACAUCAUUUUGUACCUAAGACCUAUUACAAUCAAUGAAAGUUACUGUUUCUUGUAUCUGUUACAAUAUUCUACCGGGGCGUGUUUAGCAUUGUGUGGAUGUUGCUAGAGUAAAUGUGUGUGUUUGUCACUCACAUUUCUAUAUCUGUAUAGUCCUAGAUACAGUGAUUUGUUCAGGGGUAUGUGCAAUUACAGAUAGAGGCAUUAUACAACAGAAUGACAAAUUACAAUAUUAAGAGUUGCUUAUUAAAGGAUGUUGAACACUCA